AUGAGUCUGCCGUCUCACUACAAACGGGCCGCCUUCAGAGAGGCUGGUGGCCCGCUCACUAUUGAAGAAAUCGACUUGACCAUGCCGGAUGUUGGCGAAGUGCUGGUGAAGGUGGAAGCUUGCGGAGUUUGUUUCUCCGACACGGUUCCACAGAGUCAUGGCCUGGGUGGGAAAUUUCCAAUCGUACCCGGUCAUGAAAUCAUCGGACAUGUGGUUGCGACAGGUGAUGGUGUCUCGGACUGGAAGGUUGGCGAUCGUAUCGGCGGAGGAUGGCACGGCGGCCAUGACGGGACUUGUCCCUCCUGUCGCCAGGGCCAUUUCCAAAUGUGCGACAAUCAGAGCAUCAACGGGGUAACCAAAAAUGGCGGUUAUGCCCAAUACUGCAUUCUCCGUAGUGAAGCUGCGGUCAAAAUUCCCACUCAUGUCUCAGCCGCCGAGUAUGCCCCGAUUCUCUGCGCCGGCGUGACUGUCUUCAACUCGAUGCGUCAAAUGGGGGUCAAACCUGGCUCUACCGUUGCUAUUCAGGGUCUGGGAGGUCUCGGCCAUCUUGCCAUCCAAUAUGCGAAUCGCUUCGGCUUCCGAGUGGUGGCCAUCUCUCGCGAUGAUCAAAAGGAGCGAUUUGUGCGAGACCUCGGUGCCCAUGAGUAUAUCAAUACAAGCGAAGAAGAUGUCGGAAGCGCGCUCCAGAAAUUGGGAGGUGCUUCUCUGAUUGUAGCCACCGCACCCAAUCCCCAGGCCAUUUCCCCUCUAUUGAAGGGCCUUGGACCUCUGGGUAAGCUUCUUAUUCUCGCCGUUCCGGGCGAAAUCCCCCUCGAUACACGGCUUAUGGUCGCCCGAGGUCUUUCUGUCCAUGGAUGGCCAAGUGGGCAUGCGCUUGAUUCUGAGGAAACCAUUCGCUUUACAGAAUUAGAGGAUAUCAAGUGUAUGAUCCAGACAUAUUCUCUUGAUCGUGCCAAUGAAGCAUUCGAUGCCAUGAUUUCGGGGUCGGUUCGAUUCCGUGCGGUGAUUACCAUGGAGUAA